AUCCAUCCGGACCCAACCCUCUCGCGGCCCUCUCCAUAGAAGGCGGAUAGGACUCCAAGCCAAACCGACCCAGGCCUUCCAGAUAUAAUCCGAUCAAAUUCCGGCGAGAAAUCGCUCUUUCUUCGCCGCGCCUAUCGAAGAUCACGGAAUCCAGAGGGAGGGCAAGAGGAAAGAGCGAAGCCUAGAGGAGAGGAGUGGGCGGGCUCUAGUCUUGGUUCGAUCUCAGCGGCGGCGCCGGCAGAGGCCGAGAUGAAGACGACAAAGGGAGGGAAGGUCAUGAACCCUACGGACGCCUACCGGAAGGAGCUCCGCAAGAAGGAGCUCAAAAGGAACAAAAAGGAAAGGAAGAAGGUGCGAGAGGUUGGACUCUUGAAGAAAGACCCUGACUCCAUCAGGGAGCAGAUUCAGAAAUUAGAAAUGAUGAAGGCGGAUGGUGCUCUAGACAAGGCAAGAAAACAUAAGAAGAGACAGCUUGAGGACACACUAAACCUAGUUUUGAAGAAAAGGAAGGUAUGAUAAAUUAUUUCUUGUCAAACAAUUUCUAAAGUUAUGGAAGAUGAUACUGAAGAAUUCUACUAAUUCACCAUUGACAUGCAUAAAAAAGUGAUCCUUUCAAGCCACUGAGGUGUGAAGCAAGACUGCAUGGGGAUGCAGCACGAGGAGUAUGAAGAGAAAAUGCGUGAAAAAGGGGAGGCGCCAGUAAUGUUCAGCCAUUUGGGUCCCCCUCGAAGACGAACAACUGCAGAAGAAGAGGAAAGAUCUAAACAUCCAAAACCUGAGGACUCAGUUUACUAUCAUCCUACAUUAAACCCAACAGGGGCACCACCUCCUGGAAAACCUCCCAUGUACAAGUCAUCUAUAGAACCCAGGAUUCCAUUGCCUACUUCUUCAAGUGCUGCAGCAUCAACAUCAAAGUCAGAGACGGAGGAAGCAACUUUAUCUGUACCUCCUCCUCCUCCACCACCACCACCUUUGCCAGCCUCUGGUGAAUUGACUUCUGUUGAUGAUUCUGCAAUACCUGCAUCUAUACCUUUACCACCCCCACCACCAGCCCCACCCAAGCCAGUGCUAGAUUCAAAAACAUCAUUACCUCCCCCACCACCUCCGGGACCUCCACCCAAAGAUCCAGUUGCAGCUCAUACUUUGCUUCCUCCUCCUCCACCCCCACCACUACAGCGGCCUUCCCAGCCUCCUCCACCAGGUAUAAACGAAAGUGAAUUUGAUAAUAGCAAAAAUGCAGCUUCAGAGGGCCUAAAUCUGAAAGAGUCUGAUCAGGCUACAGCUGUGCUCCCCCCACCUCCACCACCCCCUGGACUACCACCAAAAUCAGCAAAUCACCAGUCUGAUGCUAUGUCAUCUGAAUCUAGUGCAAAUAGUGCUUCAGGCUCAAAUGACAACUCUAAGAUGGCACCUCUGCUGCCACCACCUCCAAGGCAGCCACCACCAAUGCCCCACAGACUUCCCUUGAUGCACCCUUUGCAACCUGACAUGAUGCCUCCAGGUGUUGGACGCUAUCCCCUGCCUCCGGGCAUGGUUCCUGGAGUUCCUAACAGACCUCCCCCUCCCCCUCCUCCGGGCAUGGUUCCACCACAAAUUCCCAGGCCUCCUUUUUCUGCACCUCCUGGACCACCAGGAGUUCUGAGGCCUCCAGUUCCUCCAGGUCUUCCUCCCACUCAAGAUGAUGACCUUGCUGCCUUGAAGCCUGCACCACCUCUGAAGCCAUCCUAUGUCAAAACAGCUGCAUCAACUGUUGUUAAGAGACCUCUAGCACAGCAUACCCCGGAACUGACAGCUAUGGUUCCUGCAUCAGUGCGUGUGAGAAGAGAAACUGCUCUUCCAAAACCAAAACCAAAGCCACACCUCUCGACCGCAUCGCCAUCUGCGAGGCCUUCAGCCCCCCCAGCAUUUGGAAAGUCAGAGACAGUGGCUUCCUCAUUGGCGCCGAAGGGGCAGAGCAUUGAUGACUCUUAUAUGGCUUUCUUGGAGGACAUGAAAGCUCUGGGUGCCCUGGACGGUUAGGCUUAGAAAUAAGAUGAUGGUAAAGAGGCUAACAAACUGAUGUCUGAGGGCGAAACAUACAGAUCCUUGUUAAUGAUUGGCACUCUGUGCCUCAUGAAAAUUCCACAUGAUUGUUUUUCAAGCCCUUUUGUGGCUACUUCACUGGAAUUACCUUCACGACAGCCGGCCCCUGGCAUAUUUAGAACUGAUGUUCUUUCCCGACUCUGGGCUUAAUGGGGGAGGAACUAUGAGAACCAUGAGACAGAAUCUGCUUGUUUCAUGCACAUAAAUGGUAAAGAUUCAACAUUUGGAUCGCUCACA